AUGCUCUAUAGGUUAUGUCUGCGUCUAAAAGGACCGUACAAAGCUGCGACCAGAGUUCUCUACAAAAGGUUCAACUCUCAGAGGGACGACCAUGACAUACCCGCUGACCUGUCUGUAGUCCCAGUUGCCACGUUAGUGGCUAAAGUUGGCCCAGAGCUGGCGACAGGACAGUUCACGUGGAUGGAGGGACCCUGCCUUACGGCUGCAGCUCUGGGCACUGACAUUCCUUUCAAAGUUAUUAAACACCCACAGGAAAUAGGAUCCAGAAUGUCCCUAAAAGAGAAAUGCACAGAGUUGGACGGAACAAAAAACUAGGGAAAGUAAAGAGGGGCAAAAUCUGGUCCUCUUACAGGCACUGAGGUGUUUCACCUUUUUGCCAAGAAAAGACAUUUGGGAAAGCUGCAGUUUUAUCACCUGAAGGCUUGUGAAGAUGGUCCUUUCAGGCCAUACGAGCUGUGUGUGGUUCCACCCAGCAAAGCAGGCCCAGACCACUACAUCUUUUCCCCCACCUCUGUUACUCAUAUUCAGGAUGGUCAAAGCGUUGGAGUCUGGUCUCUAGCUGGCUGGUAUCAGGAAGCAGUUCUAUGGAAAGCUCUGAGAGAUAUUCCUUUUUUCCGAUCUUAUCUACUACGCAAGGGCUUCAUGCGAUGGCGCAGAAACAUUCGGCGGAUUGCAUUCCGACGCAGGCGAGAUCUCCUGCACACACACAUGCUGAUAGCAGUGCCCCAGAUCAGCCAUGCACUGCUUCACUUCAACAGACUCCUUGAAGAGCUCAGUAGAGUGUGCUGGAUUCCCCAGGAUGAGUCCAGGACAUUUACUCUUCUAGAGUUCCAGACCAGGCUCUCCAAAGUCUCGCAAGAAUCUCGAGGUUUUUUAGAGCGAUUCCUACAUUACCGCUCUCUCAUACUCACUACGGUACGGGAUUUCAGCCACAGUGCAUAUCAGGAGCUACAUCAGCAGGUGGAGCUGUCUGCGCAGGGCCAGAGAGGUCUGCCCCUGCACACCCAGCAGGCCUCCACCCGCCGCCUACGCCAGCAGCUUGAGCAGACCGGCCGCGUCCAGCACAAGCUGGGAAGGUUCGCUGCGCUUGUGGACCACAUGAUUGUUCAAGGACUCGUUACUAUCAGUCGGCGUGAGAUAACAGCCUUCCACACGAGAGUGCUGAAGAGAGAACAGGGGGCAGUAGGCAGUGUGUUCCAGGCAGAGCUGAUAUUCGGAGAGGACAGUCAGCUUACUGUCUUUCCACCUCUGCACCUGUUCCAGGAGGCACUACGAGGGACACUGUGCUCAGUGCAUGACUCUGUACUGCAGGUGGUUGACUCCUGCAAUGAUUCGUUAGACUCUAAAGAGUCAGUGUUUGUUAGUUUUCAAGACAUUACUUCAAGCACCGGUCUGGUGUAUAACACGAGUGUUCCUCUGGGUGGAGAGUUUGACAAAACAGAACCAUUCCUAACAAGUGAUGGGAGAAUUUCCUCAUUGAAGAAGCCUUGUGUUGUUUCAACCUCAACAUUGGUGUUGCCCAAAAGGAUCUCUCUGCAAGUGCAGGGUAAGAGACUGCACAUGCAGUACUGCGCCCUCUCCAGGACACAGCUGGAAUGGCACCUGCAGCUCCAUGCUGGAACACAGGAAGUAGAAAAAGAGCAGGCCAGAAUCACACAGGAAGCCUUCCAAGAGAUCCAUCAGCUGUGUGAAAGCCAUUCUUGGUUGGUGGACACCUAUUUCUUUAUCAGCCAGUGGAGGCCAGCUUCUCUGGAGAGCAUGCGUGGGUGGUCUGCACUUCAGUAUGAGGAGCAUGUGCAGAAGGUUCAGCUCUGGAUAGAGCGAGUACGGUCUAUGCCUCCUGCAUUCACCACGUCCAACAAGCUUCUGACUGUCAACCUCUCUCAUAUCCGUGAGAAGCUAGAGCCCAUGCUGAACACCAUUGAGGAGGAUGCUUUGAGGUUUCUGUCCGAGGAACUGCAGUUACAUUCAGAAAACUUAAAAUCUGAGCUGAAGAAAGUUAUUGAGAGCUUGAAAUCAGAACCCACUGACUUCAAUGGACAGACAAACUAUAUUGGCAUGGUGAAAUUCUACAAGGAGAAGUCAGUGGAUAUGCAGGCACAGCUAAAGUUCAUCUGUUCCCUCCAGGAGAUUGUGCAGCUAAACUGCAGAAGCUCAACUCCAGGCAAACAGCCCUUGGUGGAACAGACACAUGACUUGUGGAACCACUUUGUUCCUCUGCUGGAGAGAGCAGAAGAGAUGGUCACCAGGCAGCUGCCAUCCGUGGUGAACAUGCUGGACAGCACAUUUUCCUCGCUCACUGAGCAAGUACGGGAGCUGGUCAGCAAGGCCACAGCUGGACCAACUGUUGGGCUAAUGAGUACUACCCUCACAGGAAUGUGCAAACAGCUGCAUGAUCUGAGCAGGACCAGCAAGAGUCUGAGAGGUAAAGUGACACCCAUUAGAUCUCACGUUGUGACAAGAGCCAAACAGACUGUUGAAGCUCAGAUGGGGCUUUGGGAACUGCUGACUAUGUCCAGUGCACAGAUUCGAGAAUGGAAGCUCCUUCUUUUCAGCAAGUUUGUGGUGUCCAGAUCCCAGGAGAAGGUUACUAAAUGGCUUGAACAGGCAGCCAUACUGGCAAAAGUCAUCACCUCCCACAAUGCAGUGCUUCAGGAGACCUUGCACACUCUUGAGAGCUUCAACCAGCAGCUGUCGGUGUUAGCCAAACUAAGCAACCCUACAGUGAAACACAAACACUGGACAAACAUUUUUAAGGGCAUGGGUUUACUCUAUGUCCCAGACCAGAAUUAACUGUGGCUGAAUCUUAUGAACAAAGGACUAUGGGAGCAUCGCGAUAAUAUCACCAAGAUCUGCAGCGAUGCCCAGGCAGAGGCAGACAUGCAGUGGGAGCUCCACAGACUGCAGCGGUGCUGGGAAGGAAGCACGUUCAGGCUGGCCAAGCUCAUCUUCACCCUGUGGCACGACAACAGCCCAGCGCUGGGUGAAGCUCCACGGAAGAAGCCAGACGUGACUUUGGUUUCAAACCAUCACUCCUGGGACAGUGGCACGUUCACCAUUAUAGGAUUGGACACAUUGCGGUGCCAGACUGAGGACAGCGUUAUGACUCUCUCCUGCAUGCGGGUUUCCCCACAUGCUGCUGAAUUCAGGCAGGAGGCAGAACACUGGGUGCAGAUAAUGCAAGAGCUCCAGGAGCUACUAGACCUUUUUGAAAGAUACCAAAAGAAGUGGGUCUUCCUCAGCAAAAUAUUCCAUGAAACAUUUGUCAGCACACAAAAUGUGGACUUGUUAGAGAAGUUUUCCCCAGUGGACAAGACAUUUCGUGAAAUGAUUCAUGUUACAUUAAGUGACCCACAUGUGCUGAAUUUUGUUAGAGGGCACAAGGCCAGAGAGACAAAUUGUCACUUCCAUGGAAAAAAUCUGCGCCUUCUUUUCAUUGAAGGACUCAAAGUGAUGGAGGACAUUUCCAGCCAGUUGCUACAUCUUCUUGAUUCACUGCGUGGGGAGUUCCCCAGACUGAGAUUUCUGAGUGAUGGGGAGGUAAUCAAACUUCUCUCCCUGAACCUAACACCAUCUUCUCUUCUGCCGCUGGUGCGUAAGUGCUUCAGAGGAGUGCGAUGGCUCGAGGUUGGCAACAGUGGCAGCCAUGAUUUGACAGAUCUAAUGAGUGAACUAGAGCUGUCCAACACCCAGAUGAGUGUAAAGGGUGUUUAUGGAUCCCUAAUGGAGCAUGUUCCCUUCACCUGCUCAGUGGAGCCUCAUUACAUCCCUGUGGUUUGGCUUGGUCAUUUGGAGACAAAGCUUCAUCAAACAAUUAAACAGCUGAUCUUGAAAUGCACUGUUGCUCGACAUUGUCCUGAGCCAGUAGAGAAUGAGCUUAAACAGGAUACACGUUUUGGUUGUGUUCCUUCACAUGAAGAUAAAGACAAAAGACAGUCUCCAUCUGUUCUGCAGCUAAUCUCUGAAUAUCCCCUGCAGUGCCUUUUUGUGGCAGAGGAGGUCUUGUGGUGCAGUGAAAUCCAAAAGGUUGUUCUUAACCCUGCUCCAACCAUGUGGGUACAAAUUAAAGCACAUAAUGCAGCAAAACUUCAAACCCUGUGCCAAACUAUACGAGAUACCAUUUCAAAUUCAUAUGAUAUGUCCCUGGCAUCCAGGAGGACAGUGACAGCACUCCGUGCCCUAGUUUUACUUACCAUUAAGCAUUCUCAACAGGUUACUGUCCUUGCUGAAGUAAAGGGUGGCCUGGAAUCUGCUUUUGAGUGGAAGAGGAUCAUGAAGUAUCGCAACAGUGCCAUUGACAAAUCAGGUCAAAGCAGUUUGCCCCUAUCUCUCGAGGACCCAAGCUGGACCGAACAUUCUGUUCAUGUUGAUGUCUUGGGGACAAAGUUGACUUAUGGCUAUGAAUAUAUAGGGCCUGAGAACUGGGUUUUUGUGAAUACCCCUUCAGCAGACCGAGCCUGUUUGGGCAUUCUUCUUGCCCUCAACAGUUACAGAUGUGCCUUUAUGACUGGGUCCCUCAUGUCUGGUAAGGAAAAUACUGUACUGCAAUUAGGAUGGGGACUGGGACGGCAAGUCAUUACCUUGGGAUGCUGUGCAAAUACGAGUCCUUUACUUAUUUGCCAAAUGUUGCUUGGCGCUCUUCAAACUGGAGCCUGGCUAGUGCUUGAUUCUGUGGAUUCAAUGGAACAGGGGACGUUAUCUGUUCUAGGGCAACAUUUGACAGACAUUCAUCAGUGCCUAUCAAUAUUUCAGGAAGAAGCACAGCUGAAAUUACAGGAGCCUAAUGGUCACAGGGAAAAGCUUUCACCACAGGAGUUCGACAGGGAUCCCAUUUACACAGUAAAAAAAAUGCUGUUUGGAGGGAGAAAUAUUUGGGCCAAAUUAAGCUAUGGCUGUGUCAUAAUUUCAUCAAAUGGGUACUCAGCUGAAGUACCAGAUAACUUGCGAACUGCUGCAAGAUCGGUUUCAUUAAUGCAACCUGAUUAUAGCGUCAUUACAGAGGUUUUGCUGGUUUCUAUGGGAUUUUCUCAAGCAGCGAGCAUGAGCAGACGACUUAUUUCUCUCUUUAGUCUGGCCAAGGAUUCAUUUUGCCUUCCAGAUUUUGUUAGUGGAGCUCAAUCUUCCUGGCUUAUUCUUCUCCAAAAAGUAAUCUAUGCUUCUGGAACAUGUCUUUACAGAGGUUCUGAUGACAAUGGACAGAACGGACAGAAACCUGAUUGUAUACCUAUCAAAGCAUCUGAACAACUGCCACAGGAAAUGAAAGAUCACUGUUCAUCCCUUGAUAAGUACACCAGUAACUGCUCCAUUGUACAUUCUGUAAGAGAAGACCAGGCAGUUAUCAGAGGAAUAAUGUUGAUUUUAUUGCCUGCCAUCACUAAGCACAGUAGAGCUUUACAAUUCCGCACCAUCUUUGAAGAAAUCUUUCCAAUUGCAAGAUCCUUACCAGUUCUUCAAACAUUUAUGGAAACAAGUGAAAAAAAUCUCCUUAGAGAUGCUAUCACAGAGGAGUUGCAAAAAAUAGGAUGUUGUGCUGACACACAACUGCUUCACAACACUGUGACUCUGCAUCAGGCCCUACGAUUCUCUAACGCAGUUGUGCUUGUGGGGCCACCAGGUAGUGGGAAAACAACUUUGUAUCAAGCUCUUGCAGGAGCACUUCGACGACUUGCAGCAAAGUCUGCAGAUGCUGCAUUUGAGGAAGGCUUUGCAGAUCCCAAACUUUUGUCCACUUCAUGUUGGUGCUCUGUUGACACUGUGGUAUUAUUUCCUAAUGCUCUGUCUGAUGAGGAGCUUUUUGGUGGAUGCCAUGAACAACCAGGGUCAUGGCGGGACGGAUCCUUCACUAAAGUACUGAGGGAUACAGAACAACAUGAUUUUUCAGUUAGUGCUUUAUCCAAAAUGAAGAAGAAUGUUGAGAUACAAAGAGUUAAAUGGCUAGUGCUGGAUGGGGAACCAUUGACCCAAUCAAGAUGGUUUGACUGUUUGGGUACUCUGGGUGACCCCAAAAAUCCCUUUGUUUCCCUCUCAUCAGGCGAGAAUAUUCAUCCAUCACAAGAGGUGCUCAAAUUCCUCAUAGAGUCAACCAGUCUUGCAGACGCAAACCCCUCUGCACUGACGUGGUGCAGCCUGGUGUAUGUUUCUGGAAAGUAUCUGUGGAAGGCAGCGUGGAAAGCUGAGAUGAACUCUCUGUACAGGGAGCACACCCUGGACCAAAGAACUUUAAAAAUGUGGAGCUGUUUAGCUGAAGAUCUUUUCUCUAGCACUCUGAAUUUCCUUAGACACAAUGAAUUAAACACUGUCAUGCCCAUGGAUGGGCAUGGAGCCAGUAGAUCAAGUCUGAAGAUCACUGAUGGUUUGCAAGAAAUAACGUCAUUCAUUAAGAUCCUCCAUGCUCUUCUGGCAGAGUCUGGCAAGGGAUGUGUCUUAAAAUGUGCAUCUAAGCAUACUACAGAAAGAGGUACCAGUAUCAAGCCUUCCUUGCAAGAUCCAGGGCUCAUGUCUGCCUCCACAGAGGUACAGGCCAGAAACCUUUUUGUUGUUGCUUAUAUUUGGAGCUUUGGGGGACACCUGCAUCCCAGACACUGGCCACAAUUUGAUCUUCUUGCACGAAAAGCCUUGUUGGAGAGCCGUUACAAAAUUGAAGUUCCAACUCAAGGCACAGUAUUUGAGCACUUCUUUAACUUUGCUGAUACAAUGUUAGAAGAUUCCACCAGGGUGGUUGACUUCACCAGAAAUAAGGGUCCAAAGCACUCCUAUACAUCUGUGCCACAGUAUGGAAAAUGUGCAUAUCUCAUGGACCUCAUGUUGGAAGCCCAUCAAUCAGUACUACUAGUAGGAGAAACAGGUUCAGGCAAAACGAAGUUGGGUAAAUCUUUGUUAUCCCCCCCCAAAAUACAUGUGCACCUACCAGUUAGCCCACUGCUGCACCCAGCUGAUUUACGAAGUCUUCUGGAGAGUAUAGGCAGGCGGAAGGCUCGCCUAGACUUUCUGGGAGCCAUCAUGCAGUAUCCUGGUUUAGUUCUGUUUCUUGAUGACUUGCAUGAAGCACCUUUUGACAUUUAUGGGAAGACAUCCAUGACUUUGGAGAUCUUACGUCAGUGUAUCUCAAGGGGCGGGGUGCCGACUUCAGAUGGCUGUCACUUUAAGAUGUUCUGCUCUGGAGCGAUUAGUUAUCUAAGCACUUGCAGUACUCUUGGACCAAACAGCAGCAAGUUCAACCAGAUUUCCCCACGGCUCUCUAGGCUGUUUACAGUCCUGGCACUCCCUAGCAUGACUCUGGAGAUUCUGUUUUCUAUCCAUUCAACACAGUUACAACAGUGGCUGAAAAACUUCCCUUCUAUGCCAAGGAUCACAGAUUUGACACACCGCAUUGUUACUGCAACCUUUGGUGUAUAUCUUGCUGUGCGUAAAGUUUUUCGCUUUUCUACACACACUUCCCAGUUUGUUUUUUCGCUACAUGACCUUAAAAAAGUAUUCCAAGGUAUGUGUCUUUGGGAUCCAAAGAUGCAAUCCCGGCAGUUACUCCAGAGGAAUUUUAGCCUCACUUCAUCGGCUUUGCCUGUCUUUGCUCCAACAUCUCUUGGUCCUGCAGCAAACGUGCUCACCAUUGCCCGUCUGUGGAUGCAUGAGUGUUUCCGCACGUUUGGUGAUCGCUUGUCCUCAGACGAGGAAUGCCAAAAACUGGUGUCAAUUCUGACCCAGAUGUCUGAGGAGAAUUUUGGUAGUAGUAUUGUGACUGAAUGCCAAACUAGAGAAGACUUGUCCAGCCCUGCAUGUCAGUCAAAAAGCAGAAAAGCAGAUCACAUAAGUCAGUCUCUACAUUUGAAGCCUGUUCCACAAGAUAUGGAGGAAAGUACGAUAUCUAGAAAGGAGUCUGUUGAAUCCCCCAUAGCUGAAGGCAUAGAAAGUCAUUCAAAGCAGGUGGAAAAAUCAGAGUGGUGUUCUGAGGAAGAGAACAGCUCUGACUACAGCGUUUCAAGUAGUGAGACUGAAGAAGACUGUUAUAGCUCUGCUUCUUCAAACAGACGUAAACAGGAAGAGAGUGACUAUGAUUCAGCCUCAAGCACAGUGACAGGUAACCCUCAAAUUCCUCCCAGUUCUCCUAGAGACACCAAGCUGUGGAGGUCCUCCACCAAAGUGAACCAAAGCAUGGCUUCUCAGCAGGUACUGAAUCAGUCUGAUGUUCCAACUUGUAAAAAACCUCAGGACUCCUCCAAAAUGUUUCUGCAGCUGCUACUAGAUUCAGGUUCUUCUAUCCGCAAUGUUGUCUUUAGCUCAGACAUUUGUGGACCCAGCAAAACCAUAGCAGAGCACCAGUUUCGAUGCCAGUUUGCGUACCUUGAGAGAGACAUGGCUGUGUUGGUACAGCAGCUGGCCCAUAUUGUAGCAAACAGAGAAGAAGGAGAUAACUGCAACUCUGCGCCGUAUGCUGUGUAUCACCAGAGAGUAUGUCAGCUCACACACGUAUUACGCGCCUUGCUUGUUCCUGGUGGACAUGGGGUUCUCUUCAGAGCUGCAAAGAAAACAGGCCGGAAGAGUACUGUACGUCUUGCGGCCUAUUUGACAGGAUACAGAAUAAUUGAGGUUCAUCACAGGAAUGAGGGCAAGUUAAAGGAGAUGUGGAAGGAGGCUGAGAGACACAUCUGCCUAUGUGGUGGACACGUGGUGUUUCUGAUCCAUGAGGAUACUAGCCAGGCUGUGAGGGAUGAGUUACUGGUGGUCAUGGAUACUGGAACAUUCCCCAGGCAUUACACAGAUGAAAAACUGAAAGUACCAAAUUCCGGUACCCUAGUGAACAACACACAGUGUCAUCUAAAGUAUGACCAGGUCCUUGAAAAGUGCUUCACAAAUGCCCAGAGAAAUAUACAUGUGUUUUUAUUGGUGCCUAUCAACCGUGUCGCAUAUGAAAGACAAGCCGGACAGUUGGCCAGUGCUGUGGCACACAUUACCAAGGCAGUAACCCUGUGCUGCUGUGUAGAGGUGUACCAGCCGUGGAGCUCUGACACUUUAGUGGAAAUUGCCUCUCGGCAGAUUCAGAUUACAAACAUAGAUAUUAAAGUUGAUGCAACCCUGGUGGGGAGUAUUACUCAGGCAAUGGCUGGAAUACACACAUCUGCCACUGCAUAUGCUUCUUCCUUGCUCAACAUUCAUCCAUUCAGCCCUCAGACCUUUAUUGAGCUGAUAGCGUACUUCUGCUAUCUUUAUGACCACCUUGGUGAAGAGGGCAGAGGAAACACCAACAGGGUAGCAACAGUUGUGACCCGUGUGAAGGAAAUGAUUGCGACAGCACAGACUUACAGUAAAGAAGUGCUCAGGCUAGAGGACCAAUAUGAAAACACACAAAAGACUCUAAAGCAACUGCAAAGGUCUUUGACCGAAGAACACAGACACUGUGAACAAACCCGUCAGUACUGUCUACAGGAAGAGAGUCAACUAUCUCAUCUGGAAGAGCACUUGGAACAAGGUGGACACCAAGUCCAGGGAGCAUUCAGAGAGGUGAGUCCUUUGUACCAGGCAGCCCUUAAAGCCAUCCAGUCCCUCAGUCAGUCUGACCUGGAUGAGGUGCGACACUACAGACGGCCCCCUCAUGGAGUCGUCAUCCUCAUGGACUCUAUAUGCAUGCUGUUCGAUCGUCCAUGCAACUGGGAAAGCUGCAAACAGCUUCUAGGGAAGCCCGGUUUCCUACAGGAAUUGGAAUUCUUUGAUCGCUCAAAAGUAAGCGAUGAAAUGCUUCAAAAGCUCAGCGAAAUUGUGCAGUCCCCGAACUUCCAGCGGUGCGCAGUGCACAGUGUGAGCAGAGCCUGUGAAUCUCUCUGCUGCUGGGUGCGAGCGGUGUACCAGUACGCCAGUGUCCAGCGCCUCGUGGCCCCACAGAAAGCUCUGAAGAGGCGUUUGGCCAGAAGCAUGGCUGAGAGCCGUGCACGGUUGCGAGAGGACAGGCUGCAGGAGGAGGAGGCACGCAAGAGGCUGGAGGAGAUGGAGGAGCAGAGGGAGGUCAUCCAGAACCACCUGGAGGAGCUGGAAGCCCAGGUGCAUAAAGUCAAAGGUCAAGAGGAGGAGGCAACUGCUGCCAUCCAGCAAGUGAGAUUCUUUACUGAGAAAUGGAGCGCAGCCCUAAAGGAAACAGAAAGGAACAGCCAGACCCUCUCAGGUGACGCGCUGAUUGUGGCUGCAGCCGUGGCUUAUUUGGGCCCGUUUCAGCCCCACAUUCGACUAGAGUUACUGGAAAAGUGGCAGGCUCUGUGUCUUACGGGACAGAUCAACCUGAGUCCAGAAGACCCACGAACGUCUCUGUUUGGUGGAGCACAGUCUUCUACAGAUUCCCUCUUUGAACCGAUCCCUGUGGAUCCAGAUCUUCAGCGAGCCCUGGCUCGUGCUGUCGGACUGGAUCACUGUGCCGUGCAGGGUGUAAAUCCAUACCUGGUCUUGAAGCUGCUGCUGAUGGGCCACAGCACCCCCUGGGCUCACUGCUGGGCACUGCUGACACACACACAGCAAUACGAAGAGCUCAGUUCUCACACACUGCUGCUGAAAGGGCUGUUCCCAGGAGAAGAUGGAUGCUCUCAUAAAGAAGAUGACUAUGAGCUCGUCCUUUCUGCAGAUGACCCGGAAUUACUUGACAAACUCAGACACGGGGCAAAGACAGGACUGAGAGUGCUGGUUACUCACAUAGAGCAGGCUGUCCCCACCAAAGAGCUUGUCAGCAUGCUAGCUCGGCCAGCUGGAAGUCACUUCCUUGAGAAGGUCCGUCCGACUGCAGCAUGUCACCCUGCAUUCCGGCUGGUCCUGAGCACACCUCUGCCAGUACAUGCCCUUCUAGACGAGAUUCAUCCAUUAAUCCUGGAAAAGGUUAAAGUGAUUGAUCUGUCUCUCAGCACAUCUCAAGUCCGGGAUGUUAUUCUCUCUGAUCUACUACAGUCUGAGUGUUCAGGCCUGUGGGUACAGCAUUGCCAGGCUACGAGAGAUAAACACACACUUCAGGAAAAGCUUCAAAUAGAGGAGGCGUCUCUGAUGCAGUACAUCCUGAAGUCAGUCACCCCGCUGCUGCAGGACCCUGGGUUCCUCCCGCAGGUGUCUGUGUGUCAGAACUCCUCGCUGCUACUUCAGGCGCAGCUCGAAGGGCUGGCGGCGGAACGCGAUCGUCACAGACCUCUGCUGAGCAGCUUCCACCAGCGGGCAGCAGUGGCCACAGCACUGUACAAGGCUCUGGAGGAGGUCCAGCGCCUCUCACCCUUCUACAACUUCCGCUUGCGUGACUUCUUGAUCGCUUUGCGGCAAACUUUAGUCCUGAAGGGUCGACCGAAUGUCCGGAGCAGCAGGGGGGCGGAGGGGGCAGAGACAAGUGUAGUCGUGUCGGAGAUUACGCACAGGGUGGUGUCACACUUGCUUGCUCAGUACAGACCCUGUUUGUUCCAGCAGCAUGCAGAACUACUGAGGCUGCUCAUGUCUGUCUCCCUCAUGCACGAGGGCUGCACCGAGGCCGAACGGGUCACUUUCCUCAAAGGAUUCAGUGGCAUAAAAUUCCCACAAUGUGCUUCACCACCAACUGAAUGUUCUGACGCUGAGCUCCCAAACUGGAUAUCGCCACACGUCCAUGCUGAAGUCUGUCUCCUGGACAGAACCUCACCCUUCCGUGGUUUGGUCUCCUCCCUGCGGAAUUCCUCCAGGCAGUGGCAGGAGUACCUGCACUUUCCUUCAUCCACCGUGGUUGGACCCGUUCCGUGUCAGUCACAUUCCCACCUUACAAUGUUACAGCGCGCCAUUCUCUGGAAGACACUCUUCCCGGAGUGGCUGGCGGGGGUGGCAGAUGACCUCGCAGCCUGUCAGCACGGACGGACGGCAGACGGUCCUCACAUCGGCUGCUCUCUGAACUUGCUCUCCAGCGUUUUGUCCAGAAACAAAGGCCCUAUAAUUGUACACCUGCCUGGGCAGAGCACAGAUCGGUUAGGAUGCGUCCACCCUCUCCACUGGAUAAAACAGGCCGCCCAGUACCAGGCAGAUAGGAAAGGGGUGAAGGUGACUGUGCUUUCUUUUGGGUCUGAGUGCCAGAGAGAUGCCGUCCUCUCUGCUCUCGACACAGCGGUUCAGUCCGGCCAUUGGCUGGUCCUGAACAACUGUCACCUGCUUGAUCACUGGGAUGCUGAAGUGAUCACUCAGCUCAAACACCUGCUGUCCUGCACAACGAGAGGGCACCUGGCAGGUCUGGGUGCAGAUCAGGGGCUCGUUCCUGAUCGAGAUGCCGCUGACAAUCGGGUGCAUCCGGAUUUCCGACUGUGGUUUAUAACAAAAGGCCGCAAUCCACUUUCUGUUCCAGCCAUAGUGAGGAUUCAUGCACUGUUCUUGGCAUGCGACUCCCACUGGGACCUGAAGAGUGAGCUGUGCUGCUCUCUUAGACAAGUUCUAGCCACAGCUCGGUUGGCCGCCUGCCCGCGGCGUGGCACCAGCACCACUGAGCCGCUUCUCCGCUGCGCCGUCCUCCAUUCUGUGCUGCUGCAAAGGCAAAAACUGAAGAGUCUGGGACAAGGAAAAAUGUAUAACUGGAGCCAGGAGGACCUGCACAGCCUGGCAGAGGCCCACCUGCACAUCGCCAGACACUGCACUGACCCCACUGGAGCACUGGAGUACAUAGCAGCUUCCCUGACGCAUGGUGGUCAUGUGUCAGACUCUGGAGACUUGGAGGCUGUGAAAGCAGUUUGCAGACUCUCUCUCCAACCACCAGCUCCUUUGUGGGGAAGUGGACCUCACACACUUGCAGAAACCCUCAACAUGACAGCACAUUCUGAUGCAUAUUUAUAUGAGGAGGACGUUCUCCGAGGUCUGGAGCACUGUGUUCUGACCACACUGAACACCCUGAACAUCACUGAAGCUCAGGCGCUGGGUUUCAGUGAAGGAAUGAGCAGUGCAAUGCAGAAGGAGAAAGGUCGCACACUCUGCGUCCUGCUUCUUAAGUCCCAAAGCACCAGACGUCAUGCUGAUGACCUAAAUCAUGCUGAAGAGCUCUCUGACUACAGGAGGACUUUGGGAAGGCUGUGGGCAUUACGAGAGCAGAUGGGAGGCCAGGCGGAGAGCCACGCUGUGGCUGAGGGCACAGCAUGGCUGGGGCCUCUGCCCGCAUUUCUCCAGACGGAGUGGAAUCUCCUUAGAGAAACACUGUCCUCGGUGCUCGAGGGAGUUUCUCAGCCUUCUCAAGACCUUUCUGCUUCUCCAUACACCAUUUCAGAGUUAGAGAUUCGAGCAGACCUGCUCAGGAUGUAUCGGCAGCAGGGUUCUAACAGUUCACCUCAAACCUACUGUUUAUCUGCCUUCACUAACCCUCGGGGCUUUCUGGCAUCCCUGAUCAGGGAGACCAUCUGUAACAAACACAGAGACGCCAGCCACGUGUCCCUGCACUUCCAGGUCUUAGAGGCUGCAGCGGUUCCGUCCUCUGUCUCUUCAGAUGGCAUCUACCUUUGUGGACUGGAGCUACAUGGAGCACUGUGGGACACGAGGCUCAGGGCUCUGCACGCCACUCUGUCCCCCAACCCCUGUGCCCUUCCACUUCUCUGGGUCAGGGCUCUGGUGAGGGACGAACACCUCAGCUCUCCUGACAAUCUACACACCAGUUCAUCCUCCAUGCAGCUCUAUAACUGUCCCCUGUACGUUCACAGCCAGAACAAGGAUGGAGGCUGGAGCCUCUCUGAGGAAAACAUAGUCACUCACAUUCCACUCAAAACAAAACUAGAUCCAGCACUAUGCACUCUCAGAAGGGUUAGGCUAGUCAGUACACUCAAAGAAAAGGAACUCUCAUGCUGAUUUCUAAACUAGGAAGUGCAUCUGGAAGACAUCAUUCAGAUAAAGGAGUGUGUAGCGCAGCCUCUUCAUUCUAGUCAAGGUUUUUAAUUUUACAAAUAUGUACAAAAGUACAAAGACAAAUGUUUGUUAUUGUGUAAAAUGAAUCAAAAUUCACUAAUACCACUCAUAGUGGUAUAAACCAUCUUCGUACUAUGGCACGCUUCCAAAAUUCAAAGAAUAUGUAAAAACAUUUACAUUUAUUUAUGCCAUUUAGCUGAAACACACAUGAAGCUGACAC